CUUUAAUGCUUCAAAGAAAGACAAGGAAUUCAAGUUAGCAGCAGCAAGUCCCCAACUCCAAGACUCAGAGAAGAAAACCGUCCUGCUUCCUUCCCUCCUUUCUCUCUCUCUUUCUCUUUCUUUCUUCUUUCUUUCUUUCUUCUCUCACCCCCGCCCUUAAAACAUUUUCCCUAAGCCUGUCCUGAAAACUGAAAAGCUGCAUUAAAAACAAAAGACACCCGCAAAACACACACACCCUUGCAACUUUACUACUACUACUACUACUGCUACUGCUACCACUUCCCACUUAUUCAAACCAACCUACUAGUCCGAACCCCAAAGAAUAAAAAGAAAGGGAAGAAAAGAACUUGAUGUUUCACAGCAUACCAAAUUCUUGUCUAGGGCGUAGAGGUUGAGUUGGGCUAUGGAUUUUUUUGGAGAAUUGAGGAGCAGGAGGGUAGAGUUAGCUGGUGGUGUCUUUCUCACUAGGGGUAGAAAAUGUCUGGGUUUUUUUCACUAGGUGGUGGGAAAGAGCAAGAGCAACAAGAGCAGCAAGAUACUACCAAUAAUAGCAGCUUCUAUCUGUUCAAGAACGAAGAGAUCUAUAACAAGGGUUUUGAGCUAUGGCAGCAAUACUACCAGUUGCAUCAACAAAGAAUACAUCAUCAUCAUCAUCAUCAAGUAGUUGGGCAGGAUGUGGAUUUCUCAGUGGGUCCCAGUAGGAGGAUCAUCAGUAGCGGUAGUGGUGGUAGUGGUAGUAUUGGUGAUGAUUCUUCCUAUAGAUCAGCAGGAUUUAGGGUGAUGAGGCACGGAGGAGGAGGAGGAACUGGUAGUGGCAGUAGUAGUGGUGGUGGUGGUGGUGCUACUAUGAAUUGCCAAGACUGUGGGAAUCAAGCUAAGAAAGACUGUCCACAUAUGAGGUGCAGAACUUGUUGUAAGAGCCGAGGGUUUCAGUGCCAAACUCACGUUAAGAGUACUUGGGUUCCUGCUGCCAAAAGGCGUGAAAGACAACAAGUCUCUGCUCUGCAAACUCAACAACAGCAGCAACAACAAAAUCAACAACAAUUGAGCCUGAUCAGAGGUGAUAACCCCAAAAGACUCAGAGAAAAUCCAGGCGGAGGAGGAGGGGGCUCUUCCUCUCUUGCUUGCACUCGUUUGCCUACUUCCACUUCAGGGUUAGACGUGGGUAACUUUCCGGCUGAAGUGAAUUAUCCCGCUUCAUUUAGGUGCGUAAGAGUGAGUGCAAUGGAUGAUGCAGAAGAACAGUACGCGUAUCAGACAGCUGUUAACAUAGGAGGUCACGUUUUCAAGGGAAUUCUCUACGAUCAAGGCCUUGAAAGCCGCUACGCUACUAGUGGAAGAGCUGGUGCUGGCGAAGCUUCCUCAGGCGGCGGUGGAGGUCAUGGUCAUCAUCAUGAUCAUGAUCCGCAACCACCACUCAAUCUUAUCGGGACAGCCGCCGCGGCCACCGCCAACGCUGCAGUCACCUCUACCAACCCUGCUCUCACUAUGCUUGACCCUUCCAUUUAUCCAACUCCACUAAGUGCUUUCAUGGCCGGUACGCAAUUCUUUCCACCACCAAGGUCUUAAAACGAAAAAAAAAGAAAACAAAGUGCUAACUGGUAGUUGAGGCUAAAGAGCUUUCCCUUCUUGACUGCAUUCAGUAUACAUUGAUCUGAUGUUGUUUUUCAUUAAGUGUAUUGACCAUUGACAUCCCCCAUCGAAGUAGUUGGGACAAAAAAAGGAAGAACAGAUGAGUAACAAAAAUGUACCAUGACAUUUCGGUUAUGUUGGUUUCCAUU